AUGCAUCUUGAUCGUGUUCUUGUGGUGACGGUGGUAGUUCUUCUUACCAUUACCAGUGCUCUCGUGGUGCCCCAGGAGGACAGCGUUUCACACGCUUUAUUCACUGGUCGGGAUGGUGUAAACCAGGGGAGAUCACUUCGGGUCACUCAGGCCGACGAGAACGACAGCUCCACCAUUCAAGAUCGGACUGAUGCAGAAGAGAGGGCCAAUCUGAUAUCGACAUUUUUCUCGAAGAUAGGGGACCACGUGCCUCUAUCUUGGAAAACUAGGUUGUGGCUUGAGCGAAGCAAACCGGUCGAUUAUGUCAAGGAAAAACUGGGUAUGAAGGGGCUGACAGGAGCUCGACUAAUGGAGCACGAGAACUACCCACGUUUGGUGUGGUAUGCGGACACACUUGAAGGCUAUAAGAUAUGGAAGCUGGUCCGCAGAGAUUACACAACAACCUAUUGGUGGGACAGGAAAGGGCUCGACCAAAUGGUGUCUGCGAAGAAGGACAUGACAAACGACGAAAUUUUCGCUCAGCUAAACAAAAUUAAGACCACACCAGCGUUUAAAAGCUACAAGCGCUAUGCUAUUGCGUUUGACGAUCACAUCAUCAAUAUGUUUGGCUCCGGUUAUUACCGACCAACUCGGUUUAUCGAUGAGAACGCUACGCCGGUGGAAAAGAUGGCAAGGACACAGAUUUGGGUGGAAAAGGAAAGACCUCCGGAGUAUGUGAAGGAAUUUUUGGGGCUAUUGAGAGCAGACGCGACGGAGCUCAAAAAGAACCAAUUCUACGUGUACUUUAUUGCAGAAUAUACGAAGAUCCAGGAGGCUAAAGCUUUGGCUAAAUCCAUCCUAAAGGCUCAAGCAAAAGCAAAAGCGCAAGCAAAAGCGCAAGCAAAAGCACAAGCAAAAGCACAAGCAAAAUCACAAGCUAAAGCUAAACCAAAGACCAAUUAA